AUGCAGUCAGAGCUUGUGUCAUUGGCGACGCUUCAGCCUCCAAAUGCAUCCGUCACUCCAGCAUACCUGGAUUUUUUCAACACAACAGAGUGGGAACUAGUCUACUCCAUCAUUCCACCGUACAUCUUCACCGUGUGCUUGACAGGAAUUCUGGGAAAUUCUGUCGUAUUGCUAGUGUUCCUGCUCCAGGGAAGCCGCUGGUCCGUGCCUGAGAUCUACCUCGGCAAUCUGGCGCUGGCUGACCUCAUCCUACUAGUCUGUCUGCCGUUUUGGGCCAUGAACAUUCUGAACUAUUUCAUGUGGUCUUACGGAGAGAUCAUGUGCAAGGUGGUCAACCUCUCCAUCAACGUCAACAUGUACACCAGCAUCUACAUGCUAGUGAUGGUGAACGUGGACCGCUACCUCGCGCUUGCCUUGACCAUGAAGGCCAUGUGGCUGCGACGGAAACGCUACGCCAAGUUCAUUUGUGUCGUUCUUUGGCUGUUUGGUGUGGGAAUGGGAGCUCCGACAGCUGUCAUGCGAAAACUGAAAGAUAUUCCAGGUCACCGAGCCGUCGAAUGCCAUCUGGAUUAUCCUGACACGACUUGGAGACUCGCUCAUCUUCUGCAGCUGAACCUGGUGGGCUUCGCUCUGCCGUUCCUGAUCAUCACGUUCUGCUGCAUCAAUAUCAUCCGGGCUUUGAAGCGACGGAGACACAUCAGUUAUUGGGAGGACAGAAACGACAAGAAGGCUACGGCCCUGGUGUGCGCCGUCACCCUGCUCUUCCUCAUCUGCUGGGGUCCGUUUCACUUCGUGACUUUGCUAGACUUACUCUGUGAUCUAAAGGUUUUGGAUGAGAAUGAGUGGUCUCACUUUCUAAACAUCGGAAGCCAGUUUUCUGUGUACCUUGCGUUCUCAAACAGCUGCCUGAAUCCGCUGCUGUAUGUUUGCUCGGGAAACUAUUUCAAGAGGAAAGUCAGCAGCAUCUAUAACAGAAGAAAACGCUCCUCGGAUGUGACUGCGCUUCAGCGGACGGUUCUAACCUCUACGACAACCAGCAAUCAAAUCAAGCCUGUUGUGUUAUAUGAGAAAGACUAG